AUGGCAGCACGCGACGCUUCGGAUCCCGUGGUUCCGGAAACCAUCGACCUCGAGCAUGGGACGAAACGCGACCACAACCACGAUCGAGUUACACCGAGUGGCCAGAGCAUAGAACUGGUCGCACCGCAUCGCCAGUCCCGUCAUAGCCCGCUAUGGACAAGCAAGUUGAGAGAGCGCACGCCAGCACCUGUGGCCCGUUGGAGCCGGAAGGUUGUCGAGUGGGUGAAGGGGCCGAAGCCAUCGAGCAGGCACACGAUUACGCCUUUGCUUGAGCGCUGGCAAACACUGCCUGUGCGUGUGCUCGCGCGGUUGCCAGAAUGGGCGCGCUUUUGCAUAUAUGCAGCAGCAUGUGUUAUCUGGAUUGUCGUCUUCGCUGUAGUCAUCAGUGACGGUGGGCUUCCCUCUGACAUUGGAGGAUUUGGGGCGCCUGUAAAGCUAUCAUGUGUCAACAACCUGUGGCCAUCCCCAGAAAGCUGCGGACCCGACGGCCGUAAUUGCUUCCCCUUCUCCAACGCUUCGUUCGCUUUCAACUGCCCCGCCGGAUGCUCGAGCGCCCAAGUGCUCAACCCUCGCGCAAUCGGACCGCAAGUCGUAAACUACCGAUCCUUGGUCGUUGGAGGUGCUCCAGAGUCUGGCGAUAAUGCCUUGGUAUACCGCGGAGACUCGUUCAUAUGCUCAGCGGCUAUACACGCUGGAGUCAUCGGCAAUGGCAAUGGCGGUUGUGGUGUCCUCUCUUUGAUAGGAGAGCGAGACAGCUUCGGCGCUGUGACACGCCAUGGCAUAAGCAGUAUCGGCUUUGACUCGCACUUCCCAAUGGCCUUUACCUUUGGUGAGGCUUCGGCCAAAUGUGAGGAUCCGCGCUGGAAUCUGCUUAUCCUUUCGACCGUCUUUACUGCUCUAUUCGGCAUCUUCACCACGAGUCCUGCAGCCUUUUUUGUGCCCAUCUUCACAAUACUGUUCUUCCAGACUGGCAUGGCAUCGGAUCCGCCUUCGUAUUCAAACUACGCGUCUUUGGCCUCUACAACACUCGGUCGCUUCUUGCCUGCUGCAUUAGCUGCAGCCCUGUUCUAUCGGUUUAGUAUUCGCAAAUCUUUGCGUAGUUGUAAGGCGCAAAUCGAGAAGACCGUACUUUGGGUAGGUGGGGCUUGGGUCGGCGCACUUGGGAACUACACGUUUGAACGUAUACCCAUACAGCGGCUCACAGGACAUGACAUUCAGCAACAGCCUGGUGCUAUCACAGCAUUAGUAAUCAUUGUGCUCAUUCUGUUUGCUGUCGUUCUGUACCAAACAUGGUGCUUCCGCAAAGAAGGACGACUGCCACGCUAUCUUGCACUAUAUGCCACAUUAGGCAUUAGCCUGGGUAUACUCGCUGCUAUGCCAAAGCUCACACUCAGGAUACACCACUACAUAAUAGCGCUCUUGCUCCUUCCAGGCACUGCGAUGCAGACGCGAGUGAGCCUGUUGUGUCAAGGUCUGCUGGUUGGACUGUUCGUUAAUGGUAUUGCACGCUGGGACUUCGACUCCAUCCUACAGACGGCAGCGGCGUUACGAGGAGAUGGCCAGCUCGGAUCUGGCAUCCCAGCCAUUCUUGAGCCUGUUAUCAAUGGCUCGAGCAUCACCUUCGCAUGGGGAAACUUACUCCGCGGAUACCAAGGCGUGAGUGUAGUGGUUAACGAUGUGGAAAGAUAUCGGGGCUCUGGUGGAAGCGACCAAGGUAACUUCACUUGGAGUCGGUCAGACGACGAGAAAGAUGAAUACUUCCGGUUUGGAUUCGUUAGCUACCAGUUGUUUGGCAACGUAGCAUAUAGCGACUUUACUAGAGCAGGCACAUGGUUCUCGAAUGGAACCUGGGGUGAAAUUCCGCCAGGUCGUACAUGA